AUGUCCGCUCAUGCUAGAAAAAGAAAGGUAGAUGCCGAAUGCAGGAUUUUCAACAAAAAUUGGACUGCUAAGUAUUUAUUUACUGAAGUCGGAGGUAAAGCAGUGUGUUUAGUUUGCGGGGAGCGGAUCGCCGUGUUUAAGGACUACAAUUUGAGUCGGCAUUACGAGACAACACACGCAGAGAAAUACAAAAACUUGUCUGAUGCUGAAAGGGCACGAACAUCGGAAGCUUUGCUAGCUAAGCUGCAAAAGCAGCAAGGCUUCUUUACCAAGCUUCACACAUCCAGGGAUGCAGCAACCAAGACCAGCUUCGUGAUAUCCCACAAAAUCGCUAAAAACAGUAAGCCAUUCUCGGAGGGGGAGUUUGUCAAAGAGUGCUUGGUGGACUCUGCAGCACUAAUAUGCCCUGAAAAAAAAGGAGCAUUUGAGCAAGUCCCGCUGUCCAGGCGAACCGUGACGAGAAGGAUCGAGGAAAUUGCGGGAAAUCUGGAGCUUCAACUGCAACGUGAAGUGGCAUGUUUUGACUUUUUCUCCUUGGCUUUGGACGAGAGCUGUGAUGUCCGCGACACAGCCCAGCUACUCCCGUGGGAUUACGGACUUCAAGAUUACGGAGGAGCUGGCAGCAAUGCGGUCGAUGAAAGGAACAACGACAGGGAGCAAUCUGUUUACGGAGGGCACGGGCAUUGAAUCACAGACAGUUUGUCGCACUUUUGGAGGAGCAUGAGACUGAGCAGAGUGACAUCGGCUACCACACAGCUGUCAGAUGGCUCAGCCUGGGCAAAGUGCUAAAAAGAGUUUGGGACCUGAAAGCAGAGAUCCGAGAGUUUUGUGAGAAGAAAGGCAAAGACAUCCCAGAGCUCUCAGAUGAUGACUGGAUGGCAGAUUUUGCAUUUGCUGUUGAUGUGACUGCAAUGAUGAAUGAACUGAACACCAAACUGCAAGGCAAGGGCCUUUUUGUUCAUGAAAUGCACAGCCUGGUGAAGGCUUUCAUGAGAAAGAUGCAGUUUCUUUCAAGCCAACUGGAGAGCAACACUCACUCACAUGCAAACCCUGAAAGAAGUCAAACCAUCAGCUGAUCACCUCCGCAAGUACUCAUCCAUGUUAGGAGCAUUGCAUGGUGAGUUUUCAAGGCGGUUUGAAGAUCUCAGAACAAUCGAGGAUGAAAUGCACAUGAUUUCCUCUCCCUUUACCUGCAGUUUGGAUAAUGCACCCAGUGAUGUUCAGCUGGAACUCAUUGACCUGCAGUCUGAUGCAGUACUGGCAGAGCACUUUAAGUCUGGAUCUCUGCUGGAUUUCUACUCUUCUCUUAAGGAGGAGAACUUUCCAAACAUGAGGAGACAUGCUCAGAAGAUGUUGGUUCUCUUUGGCUCUACCUACAUAUGUGAACAAACAUUUUCAACGAUGAAGUUUACAAAAUCCAGGUAUAGAUCCUCUCUCACUGAUAAUCAUCUGUCAGCUGUGCUUCGCAUCUCCACCUCAUACAUUCAACCUGACUUCGAUGCACUCGUUAAAGCCCAGCAGAGACUAGAUUUCUCUCACUGAAGAAAAAAUAACUUAAAAACACCAAAUGAGGUGGUUAGACCACAAAUGUAGGCAUGUAUACCCUCCUGUUUUUACCUCUUAUCAGUUUCUCCUAAUGUCAGCAAUUGAUUUUUAAUUGUGAACUGGUACACUUUUUUUGGAACCCUUUUUCUCAAUAUUCACAGUUUAGUGAUGUACAUUGACAGAUCAAUAUGAUGUGUCUUGCUUAAUGUUUGGAGCACAAAUACAAUAUUGUGAUGUCUUUAGAAUGCUAGGAAUUUCUUUCCAACAGUAUUUGAAACUCAAAAUGUGUUUUGGAGUGAAUGUGACAGAAAAUAUUAAUAUAAGUCAAAAUGGUAAAAAAAAGUGUUCACAUUUUGUUUACCAUU